AUGGCGAAUUCGUGGAGCGCGUGGAAGGAUAAGGCGCUCGCAGGAGCGAAAAAGGUCGAGACAACUGCAUGGCAGGUGCUGGAUCCAGUCGGCCAGUUUUCCAACCGGGUCGUGGGCCGCCUGGGCAUGGAGGCGUUCUACCCGAUGCCGAUGCCCAAAGAGAUUGAAAAGUGCGCACGCAUUGUCAACACCUUUACGCGCCGCGGCGCCGCGCUGGGCGACGAAAAGGUGCCCCACGAUCCUGAGGAGGUAAAAAGUCUGGAGGGCGUGCCCAAGGACACGGACUAUGCCGAGCGCAAGACGCAGCGCGUCGCAUUCAAGAUUCCGGAAAAGGUCCUGCAGGAGGCCAAGGGUGUGGCGGUCUUUACCGUGAUGCGCACCGGCUUUGCGCUCAGCGGCGCCGGUGGCUCGGGCGUCGUGCUCACCAAGGACGAGAAUGGCGAGUGGGGCGGCCCGUCGGGCAUCCUCAUCCACACUGUCGGCUACGGCCUGGUGUUUGGCGCGGACAUUUACGAUGUGGUGCUGGUGCUGCGCGACGAGCGCGCGGUGAACGCAUUCAAGUACCCCAAGGUCAGCGUCGGUGGCGAGCUGAGCGUCGCCGCUGGGCCGGUCGGCAACGGUGCGAUCCUCGACUCGGGCGUUGAAGCGUCGCCGUGCCUGUCGUACAUCAAGUCCAAGGGCUUGUACUUUGGCCUGCAGCUCGACGGUACUAUCAUCCUCACACGUUCGGACGAAAACGCACGUUUCUACAACUACCCGGAUGUGCCGGUCGUGUCGCUGCUGGACAACAAGCUUCCUCGGCACCAGCUGCCGAGCGAGUGCAUGCCGCUGUGGCAAGCACUGUGUGCGGGCGAGGGCCGGCCCGAGCACCUUGGCACGGACAAGAUCUCGGACGAGGCGACGCCGGGCGAUCAGGUCCUGACUGAUGCCGAGGUCGAGCAGCUGCAUCAGCAGGCCGUGCAGGAAGGGCGUAUUGCAGAGGGCGACGGCGCGCCGCCGGUGCCGGCGCAUCCGGAGAAGGGCGAGUCGAUGCUGCCGCCGCCCCGCCACCCCGACUCGAGCGCAAUGCCGCCGCCGCCCCGCCACCCGUAG